CCUACUGUGUGUUUCUGUGAGUGUGUAGGUUGUGUGUCGGGGUGAGCGUGUGGAUUGUUUAGGAUGAUGUAAAGACAAUAAUAAUAAUAAUGAAAGAUAUAGUAAUAACGCCAUUUUUGGGUUGAUUUGUGCGGUGCGCGAGACCGUGUCGCUCGCGCGGAUGGAUUAACAGUAAAUCAGUCAGUGUCAGUUAGCGGAGUUAGCGUAGCUACCCGAAGAAGAUUAGCGGCUAAAACACGGUUUACAGAGCUGCAGGAAUCAUGGGAGCUGUGUUCCUGUCAGCGGACGCAGCGCACGCAGUGCUCAAAAGGCUCCCAAGGGCCAACUUCUUCCUGGAGGAGAUGAAGCAGGGAAACAUCCAGCGGGAGUGCAGGGAGGAAAUCUGUAACUAUGAAGAAGCCCGAGAGGCUUUUGAGAACGAUGAGAAGACGCGGCGAUUCUGGGAGGAGUACCAACGCGAGAGCAGCCCCAAACCUGGAGGACUUCAGUCCAUAGUGGGCGGAGUCAACUUGCUGUACCUCGUCCUGCCGCUGUUGCUGGUACUGCUGCUCAUUGCUGCCAUCUCAUUUACAGCGUGGAGGUGCCACUCGCGCAAAAGGUCCCAGCGUAGCCCCGCCAUGGGUCAGAGAGACUCUGCCCUCGCAGUCGUUUCCAUGGACCAGUGGGGACAAAGUUACCAGCCCGACCCUUCCUAUUCGUCUGAUGACAUCACCCCAGGGCAACUCAGCGUUGCAGAUCCUCCACCUUCUUACGAGGAAGCGGUGGGCCACAUGGAUGUGCAUGUGGAGGCAGAGCCUCCACCCCAGUACGAUGACAUUAUUGAUAGCUCUGCUAACAACACUGUGAUUGGGCAGGCCAAGUGAAGCGUGCUUUAAUCACAACACAGUCUAACUCCUGAGGAUUUCUCCACACCAACAGCUGCUUUCAUUAGUGCUCUUUAGAACCGAGUCUGUGCAACUCUGAAAUUGACGGUUUAACACCUCCAAUACCAGCAAACGCCAGUAAUACAAACUCCAACGCUGAUCAGGUCCUAACAGUGAAGAACUAACAGAUUUGUUUUCCAAACACAAAACAAUAUUAUAUACUCAGUUUACUACAGAAUAUAUGAAUCCACAGAAUAAGAUUUCAACUCCGUACAAUUUGUUCACAGAACAGUAUAUUAAUGGCAGUUCAGCAAUAAAUCAGGCAUUUUUGUUUGAUAUUUUUGCAUUGUCAUAGUUACCACGUUACAAAAUUAGGUUUGGAUUUUUAUCCCAGUUCAUUUUUUAGCGAUUAAGAAACUAAACCCUGAAACUCGUUUAAGCAAGACGUCGAUAUUUUUUCCCCCCCUUCUUCAAGUGCAAAGACUUUUUUUAUUGGAAUUUUUCCUCAAACUACAGGAGUAUCAUCAUCAUCAUCAUCAUCAUCAUCAUUAUUAUUGCAAAGAAGAAACUGGCAAAAAUGUAAUCUCGUACUCCCCGAAAAGCUAUAUUGCACCCAGGCGCAUGCUAACCAGCAGAGGAAACGAGGAAAACUUAAGCGGUUUUGUUUAUCAUGAGGUAACUUGUCAGGUAUUAGGAGUUCAUAGGAAGUUUAAAUACAUCAGCUCGUCCAGCCCUGCUGCUGCAGCAAGUUUUCUGCAUGAGCCAUCUCAUCGUCUCGCAGUCGAUCCUCACAAGGUUUCAGCACUACUGGGACUGAGAUCGUGAAAUCAAGCCAAACCUCAGGUCUUGGGUCUAAACAGCCUGAGUCAUAGGAUCCAGAAAAGCAAAAGAAGCACAUUUUCUUUUUUUUUCUAGUUUUAACAUCUUGACUGUCCAAUAUUCCAGCUCAUUACAUACUGCAACAGUAGCACUCGUGUGUGUGUGUGUGUGUGUGUGUGUGUGUGUGUGUGUGUGUGUGUGUGUGUGUGUGUGUGUGUGUGUGUGUGUGUGUGUGUGCGUGCACGCUUUGACACACAUGAUCAAUAGGAAACGGUUGUAUACGAGAAGAGACUAAGCACUAAUCAGCAGUGCAAAAUAGGCAUCAUACUAACAUUCAGCUCUAUUCACACCAGCAAGUGUUACAUUUUAAUUUCUAAGGACUGUAAAAUUAAGUUCUACCAGGUUUUAUGCAAAUUCUGACCUUCGAGCGAUGACGUGAGGUUUCAAGGUCUUUGGACCGAUCUGUUUAAUUUAAAGAAAAAACUGUUCUAGAGGUUUCUUGAAGCUGUGAAAGGAAUGUUAAGGAAAAAACAUUACUACAUGACAUGCUCUCUUAGGAAAGCGAUCAAAAAGAAGUACUUUAAAAAAAAAAAAAAAAAACGUUUCUCUCUUAUACCAUGGCAAUUUGUCUACAGUUACAUUUACAGAAAAAAAGAAAGGAAAUCUCAUUUGUUUUGUUUCUCAGUAGCUGUUUUUAUUUUAAGUUCAUUUUAACAGUGUUACAGAGAGGAAAACAGAGAAACUUACAGGGGAAAGACUGAAGCUACUGUAAAGUAAAAGAGGAGAUUUUAGGAACAGGAGCUGUGGAUGUUCCACAACAUUAAAUGUCAUUGAAAAUGGAUAAAAAGCUAAAUUUUCUUUAAUAAGGAAAAAAAAAUAUUGAAGCAUUAGGGACUCGCUGUGGUAUAAGCAGAAUAAUGGCAGGGUUACACGUUUUGUGUUUGCAGGGCAUAUACAGUACCUAUUGUACUACAUAUAUAUUGCGGUACGGAUAGUAGCUUAAGACGUGUUUGCAGUGCGUCGCUGAUCCGCCAUUUCCGUUUGCAACGAAUUCAACAAUGGGUCAUUUUCCAUUAUUUAGAUUUUAGGUCCAAACGCUAACCUAACUUUAUGUAGCGCUACCACACUGUAUCUGUUGAAGUGUUUUGCUUUUCUUUGCUUUGCUUUAUUCUGAGCUGAAAGUUAUAACAUUUAAUACGACUUUAUAUAUGACCUACAUUUUUAUUUUGUCAUUUAAUACAUAGUCAUAUAAUUACUGGUCACUGAUUGUUUUUUAUAACAGCACAACACCUUUUUACUCCAAAUCUCCUGCAACUGAAGCUGGUUAAAUCACAAAAAAGGAAGGGAUUCGAGUUUUAACACCAUUUUAUUAUCCUGUGGCAGUUUUGCUUUAUUGCAGCUGUGACUCACGUAUAAAUUCAAAUAAAUAAAAAUGCUAAAAUGUUGCUGUAAGUUGAACUCUUACAGUUUUAACUUAUUAUUAAACGGCUUCUUAAAUUUACACGUUACGUUUUAAAGCAGGAUAAGAGUACGCAGUUAGCGUGUGCAAAUCUUGCUCAAUAGGACAGUUAACAAAAGUGUAUAAUUUGCUAUUCGUUAUUUAUUUCUGAUUUACGAUCUGUAUGUAACAAAACACUUCAGGAAAAUAACCUUACAGACUGUUUAAUAACUUUAAAAAAAAAUUAUAAUAAUAAUCAUGUAGCACUUUUUUUUUAAUUUAUAAAUGUGUACGCAGUUCAUUAACACUGUUUUUUUAAAGUCUGAUGUGUGAAUGCGAGACAAUUCAAAAGGAUUAAUGCUUUGUGUGUGUGUGUAUAGUGUUCCUAAUUUUAAAUCUGAUACUGAAGCAUACAUUUCUCCCAGGAAAAUGAGGAAUUACAUUUUUUGGAACGUUUUAUUUUAUUGGAUUUUGUUUUGUCUGUGCAAAGCCAUAAUUAGAUGCAAGACAUUUCUCAGGAUGUCUAAAUGUUUACAUAAUGUUUAAAGGGAAAAAAAAAUUUAACAUUUUUGCACCCAAAAUUUUUUUCCCCCAAUAUACUAAAAUAAUGAUGACUGUAUGAUCUACCAGCCACAUGUUUCUUCUACUGCUCAAGAUUAAGAUUCUUAAUGUAGCAGGCAGAGGUUAGGAGGGUCGUCACCCUGAUGGCAUCACGCUUCACCAAUCAGCUCCACUGUGACGUUUUCUGUUUGGAUUUUUUUUGUUUAGAGAUUAUAGAUUGCACUCAUGCAGAUAUUUACAGGAAGGACCAUGGAUGACUUUUAUAACAUUUAGCUCCAUGCGUCUCGGAGCUCUAAUGCCAAACUAAUAAAGCAAUUUUCCAUAAUAUUCAUUCAGUUAGUUAAAUAAUAGCGUGGAGAUCAGCAUCAUUAAGACUUAGUUUAAACAUUGCAAACAUUGUAAGUUUAGAGUAGAGCUCCACCCUGAUCAACUGAUUAACACUGGGAACUCACAUUUGGAAAAUUGUCCUUUAAUCGUGUUGAUGGCACGAAAGACCAUUUUAAUCCCAAAAAUCUUUAAGAAAGUGCACCUCUGUGACAUCAGAGUAACACACGACUGCCAAUUUCUUACUAUACGAUGAUUAUAAUAUGUCAAUGGCAAACAGAUUGUCAACAGAUUCAGCAAUUGAUUCAUAUAAACAUAUAAUUGUGUUUCAGGGUGGAGAUGAGAGUUGGAUCUUUAGCGCCCCCUACAGGAUGAACGUCUAAGGCUUUUUGUGUGAGAAAUUCAGUACGCUUUCAGAAAGCCUUUAUAGGAGUUUUAAGAAUGUGUGUGUUUGUGUGUACACAAUAUAACGAAAUAAUAAAUGCAGUUCUUUUUUAUCAUAAAGCGAUGUGUGAAUAGACUUUUAUAAGGAUAAGUCAUAUUAUACAAAUUAUUGUGUAAAAAUUAUUAUUAGAAAGGAAAACAAGGCAAAGGCUGCAUUACACACAAAAACCCACGAUUUCACAACUCUUUUCCUAAUGUGGUGUGUGUAGAAAGUGAUGUGAAACAGUAAAGGAGUGGCUUUAGUUGAGAGAGUGUAUUGUUCUGCUUUGGCCUUAUUUAAAAAAAUAUUCAAAUGUUUGUGUAUUAACAUAUCGAACACAAGUGGGGUUUUGUUUUUGGAAAAUAAUUGCUUGAAUUUUUUUAAUGUAAUAAAUUUUUUGGACCCCUUGUCAUUUGUUUUUUCAUUUUCUUAAUUCUGAUUGCUCCGAGGGUGUUAUUGAUUUUCAGGUUUAUUUUAGCACAUCUGUUUGGAGUUUGUUUUAUUUCAUAGUAGCAGAUCAUUCAAAGAGAUUUGUAUGUUUUUAACAUUCAUUAAAGGAGUUUCCGAUGUCA